AUGGAUUCUCUCAGGCUUCCGUUCCCCUCCUCAGCCUUCUUCCUCCUCCUCCUCUUCCCCCUCGCCGCCCUCGGCUCAGGCACGGUCUUCAGCGUGCAGCGCAGCAAUCCGCCUUCUCCUCUCCAGCCGCAAGCUUCGCUUCUCCUCCGCCAAAGAAAUGGAAACCGGCGAAAUCGCAGAGAAGAGGGGAAAGAGGGAGGAAGCAGACCGCAUAGAUUCUCUCAGGCUUCCGUCCCCUCCUCAGCCUCUUCCUCCUCCUCCUCUUCCCCUCGGCCGCCCUCGGCUUCAGGCACGGUCUUCAUCGCGUGCAGCGCAGGUUCUCGGGCGGGUGACCACACCAUCGCGAUCUCAAGAGAACCACGAUCUCAACCGCCACUGGCGCGCGCCUGCUCUCCGCCGCUCCAUCAUUUCAUCUCGGCGGAACGGCCUUGCACAUCUACUGGGUUGUACUUUACUGAGAUUGGGAUCGGGACGCCUCCCAAGAAUUUCAGCGUGCAAGUUGAUUCAGGGAGUGAUAUCCUGUGGGUGAACUGCGCUCCUUGCGAGGGGUGCCCCAAAACUAGCAUCCUGGGGGCUGACUUGUCACCGUAUGACCCUGAAGGUUCCAGUAGUGUAUCAAAACUAGGGUGUGGUGAAGCAUUUUGCAGUGUACUUAGUGGAGGAGGGAGUCCAACAUGUGCCCAUGAUGACCCGUGCAAAUUCACAGCGACAUAUGGUGAUGGCAGCUCGGCUACUGGAUAUUAUGUAACAGAUCUACUAAGUUACAACCAAGUUUCUGAGGAUCACAAAACACGACUUGCCAGUGCAAAUGUUACAUUCGGCUGUGCUUCUAAGCAAACUGGGGCUUCAAGUGUAGGAAUUGAAGGCCUAAUGGGCUUUGGACAGGCCAACUCUUCCACAAUCUCUCAGCUGGCAUCUUCUGGAAAAGUGAGGAAGAUAUUUGCUCAUUGCUUGGACACUAUUAAGGGAGGUGGAAUUUUUGCUGUUGGAAAUGUUGUGGAACCAAAAGUGAAGAUGACACCUUUGAUACCUAAAAUGCUUCACUACAAUGUCAAUCUGACGUCAAUUGAUGUUGGGGGAAAGAUGCUACGCUUACCACUCACUAUGUUUCAAACUAGAGAGAAGUCAGGAACAAUCAUUGAUAGUGGUACAACCUUGGCUUAUCUUCCUGAAAUUGCAUACAAACGUUUGAUUGAUCAGAUCUUUUCAGAUCAUCAAAAUCUAACCUUGACAACCAGCACGGAUAACUUUACAUGCUUCAGUUAUUCUGAAAGCAUGGAUGAUGCAUUUCCAGUUGUCACUUUCAAUUUUGAGAUGAAUGUUACAUUAGAAGUGAAACCCCAUGAUUAUUUCUUCAAAAACAAGGAUGUCUGGUGCAUUGGUUGGCAGAACAAUGGAGAUAAAGAUGCAAUUCUUUUGGGAGAUAUAACCUUAUCGAACAGGCUAGUCAUUUAUGAUCUUGAGAAUCAAGCUGUAGGUUGGACAGAUUAUGACUGCUCAUCGAGCAUUAAAGUCGAAGAUGACACAAGUAAAGCAGUAAACAGCAUCGACGCUCAUGCUCUGCCAUAUGAUCCGCCAUCCUCUGCCAGUAUAUUAGAAAUUGGAAGAUCCAUAUUGCUAGUGCCAUUGGUUUUCCUACUUCAUUUGCAUAAUUGAUUUAUUUAUUUACACGAAUUCUCGUGAAAAGACAGAGAAAUAUACUUCCGUAUAUUGAAGCUCACUUUUAUGCUUGGUCCAUCGACGAUAUGCAUCAGAACUAGUUUUGUUUAUUAUUCAUGAGAACCUAACAGAAGAAACGAGGGGGAAAUGGAGGGAGAAGAAGAGAAACUUCCUGGAACAAUAUCAGAGGAACCGUAGAAUGUAAGGUGUAAUGACUUACAGCUGACUUAAUGCAUUGAACAUAGCCGUUAAAAUCCAAAGUUGUAGGAAUAUUUAUUUCGAUUCCGUAUAUAUAUAUAUGGCAACGUUUGGGUAUCCCAUGGUUCUACAUAGAGGCAUUCAUUUUGACAACCCUCAGUAUGCUUGUUAGGGGUGUGCAACGGGUUGAAAAGUUUUCAAACCGACUCAAACCGUCAUAUUUAUAAAAUCGAUUUU